UUACCUGAUAUUCUAGUUGUGUGGAACGUUACAUAUAAAAUGAAAACUUUAAACUGGGCGGAUAUACUAAUAAUAGUUCUGUACUUGAUUGCAGUGUUAGCAGUUGGAAUAUGGACAUUGUUUCGACCGAACAGAGGAAAUAUCAAGAGCUACUUUUUAGCUGGACGUUCUAUGCCGUGGUUUGCGGUUGGGGCGUCUUUGUUUGGAAGUAACAUAGGAAGUGAACAUUUCAUUGGUUUGGCUGGCGCUGGAGCAGCAUCAGGAAUAGCACUUGUACUUUUUGAAUGGCUUGUUACUUUCCAAAUAGUAGCGCUAGGGUGGAUAUUUGUUCCAGUUUAUAUAUCAGCUGGUGUGUAUACUGUUCCGCAGUUUAUACAAAAACGCCACGGUGGGAAAAGACUGAAUACGUAUCUUAGUUGUAUAUCUCUAGUCAUGUACAUCCUUACAAAGCUGUCGGUCAGUAUAUUUGCUGGAUCUGUUUUCAUAGAAAUGUCACUAGGAUGGAACACCUACGUAUCUAUCAUUGCAUUAUUAGUCAUUACUGGAUUUUAUACGAUUUUAGGUGGUUUGACAGCAGUGAUGUUUACAGACACACUACAAUCAUUAAUAAUGAACAUCGGAGCUUUUAUAGUCACUGGAAUCGGUUUUUACAAAGUUGGUGGAUACCACGCAAUGACGGAAAAAUAUAUGAUGGCUAUUCCGAGUGAACGGAAUGAUAAUUCAACAUGUGGUUUGCCUCGUAGUGACGCCUUUCAUUUGUUUCUUGAUGCUGAUGGGGCAAUAUUUCCAUGGCCAGGACUUGUAAUGCAAGCAACCAUUGGAUGCAUAUGGUAUUGGUGCUUUGAUCAGGUGAUGGUUCAAAGAACGAUAGCUGCUAAAAAUAUAUCUCAUGCCAAAGGUGGUGUGCUGAUGACUUGUUUCUUGAAGGUGCUUCCACUCUUUACCAUGGUUUUUCCUGGAAUGAUUAGAAGAAUCCUAUUUACAGAUGAGGUUGGUUGUGCAGACACGGUAGUGUGUAAAAAUGUGUGUGAUAAUGAAGUUGGGUGCUCAAAUAUCGCUUAUGCUAAGCUUGUUAUGGAAAUUUUACCAAAUGGACUACGUGGUUUUAUGAUUGCUGUGAUGCUUUCAGCUAUUAUGAGUUCCCUUACUUCAAUAUUUAACAGUGCAAGCACUAUCUUUACUAUUGAUGUAUGGCAGAAAAUACGACAUGCAGCAGGAGAAAAAGAGUUACUUAUUGUAGGAAGGCUGUUUGUAACACUCAUGUGUGGCAUAAGUAUCUUGUUUUUACCUCUUGUAAAAGCUGCUGAAGGCGGAAUGAUUUUUGCUUACAUAAAUGCAGUAGAUAGUAUUUUGGCAUAUCCAAUCGGCAUGAUGUUUCUUUUGUCUAUAUUUUGGAAAGGCGCAACCGAACAGGGUUGCUUCUAUGGUUUGAUUCUUGCAAAUUGUAUGGGACUUGCUCGUCUUAUAUUAAUGUUUGUAUAUCCUGAGCCUGCUUGUGGAGAACAGGAUACAAGACCAGCUCUGCUGUCCAAAGUGCAUUUUUUGUACUUUGGUGUUCUUAUCAAUAGUAUCACUAUCAUAUUAAUCAUCACCAUUAGUUUCGUUACAAAAAGUAACAGACGUACUGACACAGAGCUACAAGGCUGCACUUGGUGGACAAGAAUAAGACCAAACCAGUACGAUAUUAAGCGAUCAGAUCAAACAGUCACGACUGAAUUUUCUACUCCAAUGGAUAUAGUUAAUUCAGACAUGUCAGAUGGCGAGAACAAAUCAACAUCUGCAAAGUAUGCUUCAAGACAAAAAGAAGUAAGCGAAGAGAUCAGACUCCCAGUUCUUCGACGAAUAACGAAUUUCCUGUUUGGGAACAUGUCUUCCAGUAAAUCGUCAGAAUUCGGUAUAACACAGAGAAGAGAAUUUCUCACUGAAAACAAUUUUACAAAAAAUAUAUUAAAUGUGCUAGUGGUACUACUGUUUUGUAUAAUAGCGCUCUUAAUUGGAAUAUAUCAUUAAUAUUUCUAUAUUGAGUUUAUUUAUUUAAGAUGUCAAAUACUGAAUUUCAAGGAAAACAUUAGCGCGGAGAUGUAAGAAUUGUUACUGGCCUGCCUAACUAUGACAUCAGAGAAAGGUGUGGUUUGUUUUGGAAGCGUUGUCUGUAAUUAUCAGUAUAUCCCGAGUUUUUGGCGGAGUUCGUGUUGCUUAAUCUUAGUUUUAGUAUGUUGUGUCUUGUAUACUAUUAUUUGUGUAUAUGUCUUUUUCUUCUUUUUUUAUUUAUGAGUAUGAUCAAUAAUACCACGUCAUGUAACAACUAAUAGUAUGUAUGUAUACACUCUAGAAAAAGUACCCCAAAAAAUAUUGUUCCACUUCUAUAGGAUAAAAGAAGAAAAUCGAUAACAUAAUUGAACAUCAGGGUUCCAUCUCCAAAUCUAAGUAUUUCCUACGAAAAAUAUUACAUAAAUUAAAGUCCCAAUAAAAAAAGUAUGUUAAAGAACGUAAGGAAUAUACCAUUUUAACUUGAAUUCGACAUAAGCAUUUAACUCUAGGACAUCUAUCUUUAGUAGUCUAAGGAUAAAUUUCCAAAGCUAUUGAUGCAACCGACCAACUUAGAUUAUCCGACCGUGCGAGGGCUGUUUAGCCAGUCAAGGUCUUUGAAAACUUCCAUUUGUUUGAAUUCAGAUACAUUUUAUAUUUUCUUUGAAUGCCCAUUUAUGCAUAUAUCCGAGUUCACCUUCUAGAUGAAAAAUAGAUUUUGCUCCGUCUUAAGAUCUCGUUAAUUUAUUCGAUUAAACGAAAAAUUCCUCUUUUAUUCAAAGAAUAAUUACUAGCCUCAGGCUUAGAUUACUUUAGCUGGAUUUGGCAAAACUUUUAGGAAUUUUGGAUCUCAAUGCUCUUCAACUUCGUGCUUUAUUUGGCCAUUUUAACUUUUUUGGAUUCGAGCGUCACUGAUGAGUCUUUUGUAGACGAAACGCGCGUCUGUCGUAUAUACAAAAUUUAGUCCUGGUAUCUAUGAUGAGUUUAUUUGCAUACUGCUCGAAGAAUUCAACGUUUAUGAAGAACACAUAUAGUAAAGUAUGUUAGUAUUUUGACGCAGCUCUUGGUUUAUCUAUUCAAAAAAUUGUGAAAAAAAAGUAAAAUCACAAAAAAAUGAACCCCGAUGAAAGUUCGAAAGUGAAAGUCCGUAAUCAAAUGGCAAAAUCAAAAGCCAAAACACAUCAAACGAAUGGAUAACAACUGUCAUAUUCCUCACUUGGUAAAGACAUUUUCUUACGUAGAAAAUGUCCAGAUGAAUCUGGUUUUAUAGCUGGCUUAACCUCUCACUUA